CAUGUUUUGAAACCAUGCUUGGUCAAUGCUUUCGCAAUGGCGCCAAGUUUCUCCACGACCAUAUUUCCAGGCUUUGCUGCCCUUCCUUGGCUUCUUCUUGGAAGCUGGACCUUCGUUGGCACUUGGCUGGAGGGGCGAGGCCAAAACGUGUUUGGAGGAGCACCAUUGGAAUCCAAAGCUGCAGGUGUUCCAGGCGUUGCCCCCAUUCUCCAACGUGCCGCACGACCAGGUUCGCUUCGGGCCAAUCCUCCCAUGGGGCCUUUGCGAAGGCAUGCUCGGAAGGUUUCCAGUGAACGCCACCAGGAUCACCAGGAAGAUGAAGGCUCGUGGACGGGCCAUCACCUGGCAAGCCGGCCAUAUAGCGCUUUGGUUCAUGAGGGGGCCUUUGAUGGAUGCCAUCUUCUCAGCCUCAGCGGACAGAGAUCCAGGACCAUUUUUCGGGCUCGGAGCAUCAAUGGUGGUCUUUGGAGUUGAGGUCGGAAGGUGCACGCGCUGAGAUCCUCCAACUUGAGCUGUCGACGACCAUUCGAGUCAACUUCUGCCAUCUCAGAUGCUUGCCCACUCUCAGCCAGCGCAUUGGCUGCACUUGGUGAGAUUGGUGCGGGACAUGACGAUGCGGGCACUGCCGGUGGCGAUGGUUCCACUGCCCUUGGUGUCACCGUUGGGGAGGUGAAGCGGCCAACUGAGAGGGGGCCAGAGGAUGCAUGAACCGGAUCAAAUGGUUCAACAGAUUCCCUGACAAAAAGAGCACUGUGCAGUCUAUGCC